UGUUGUCUCAGCUGGGCGCUGUGGCUCAUGCCUAUAAUCCCAGCACCUUGGGAGGCUGAGGCAGGCGGAUCACUUGAGGUCAGGAGUUCGAGACCAGCCUGACCAACAUGGUGAAACCCCGUCUCUACUAAAAAUACGAAAAUUAGCCAGGCGUGAUGGCAUACACUUGUAAUCCUAGCUACUCAGGAGGCUGAGGCAGGAGAAUGGCUUGAACCUGGGAGGCGGAGGUUGCAGUGAGCCGAGAUCAUGUCACUGCAUUCCAGCCUGGGCAGCAGAGUGAGAGUCCGUCUUAAAAAUAAUCAAUCAAUCAAUCAGUCAAACAAUAGUGUUGUAUGGCAGAUGCACCUGGCAGCAAUAACUUUAAGCAUACCCCGAGAAUACCCUGUGGUCUAAGAAGAAUGUGUGCUUGGAGCUAAGGAAUCCGGGAAUGGCCAAGGCAAAUAUUCACUUCUAUCUAUGGAGGACAUCUAAAGAAUGUGUGCUUGGAGUCUGGAGCUAAGGAAUCCAGGAAUGGCCAAGGCGAGUAUUAACUCCUUAUCUAUGGAGCUGCUGGGGAGGCUGAGGCUGUAGAAUUAGGUGCGGCCCAGGAGUUCGAGGCUGCAAUGAGCUGUGAUGGCACCACUGCUCUCCAACCUGGGUGACAGAGGGAGACCCUGUCUUGAAAUAAUAAAAAUAAAUAAAUUACGCCCAGUUAGCCACUUGGGAUCCAUCUUGAAGGACUGGCUUUUUCAGGUUCACAUUUGUUCACAAAUGCAAACACACACACAAUUCUUCAUAAUUUAUAUUAAGAGAUUUCUCUGAAUGCCUCUUAGAGUUUACCAUGCGCUGUGUGCUCUAAAUGAAUAUAACAUUAAAAGUUAGAUGAUUUUUUUAGUUCAAUUCGAAUGGCAAUUUUUGAUGUUCUUAAAUUGGUACAGAGCCAUUAAUUCAGAAUAGCGGUGCAAAGCUCACUGAGCACAUUCAUCACCCUGGAAAGUCUUCGAAAACAGAUUACUGGGCUUCGCUCCCAGAGAAUGAUUUUGUUCCUUAGGUUCUGUGGUGCAGGCAGGUUUGGAAAUCACUUAUCUAGAAGUCCUUAAUGCUUUGUGAAACUUAAGGCCACUCACUCCAUCUACCAUUUUCUCAGAGGGCAGCAUAAUAUUAAUGGAAAUGACCCGUUGCAUUUUACUUCUUGCGUGCUGUUACCACCACUGCCUUUUACUCUCCUUUGAAAUAAUUAAAAGCACUGGGAAGGGAAAGCACUGGAGAAUUUUACUAAACAUAAUCUGUUGUAAUAAGGUGUAACUAAAUAAAAUGAUAGAAAACUGUGCCUUUUAGAACAGGAAUCAACUGCACGAUCUGUGUGCUUUCCAAAAGUGUGGCUCACUCUUCUGCAAGAGAAAACUAUAAGGAGUCUUGACAGGAAGUUGUUGGGUUUUUGUUUUUGUUUUUGUUAAGUAGUUAGUUCUACCAAAUAGUUUUGCAAAUAGACCCAGGCUUGACUGGCAAUUAAACAUGAAACUUCUCAUUGGGUAUUUUCGAGACUACCACGGGGAAUCAGCUACCAGCUUACUGCCAUGUGGAAAACUGCACGAGAUUCCGGGAUUGGAAUCAAAAUGCUAAUUUAAAAGGUCAAGUGAAGCUGCGCCUCACGUUUUGGCGUGCCUGCGCUCUCUGCAGGCAGAAGCGAACAAAGACCCAGCAAGAGAAGGCAGAGGCUAAGACCCAUCCCGUAUCUGCUCUCCUGAAAUAAUUCUGGAGUCAUGCCUGAAAUGCCAGAGGACAUGGAGCAGGAGGAAGUUAACAUCCCUAAUAGGAGGGUUCUGGUUACUGGUGCCACUGGGCUUCUUGGCAGAGCUGUACACAAAGAAUUUCAGCAGAAUAAUUGGCAUGCUGUUGGCUGUGGUUUUAGAAGAGCAAGACCAAAAUUUGAACAGGUUAAUCUAUUGGAUUCUAAUGCAGUUCAUCACGUCAUUCAUGAUUUUCAGCCCCAUGUUAUAGUACAUUGUGCAGCAGAGAGAAGACCAGAUGUUGUAGAAAAUCAGCCAGAUGCUGCCUCUCAACUUAAUGUGGAUGCUUCUGGGAAUUUAGCAAAGGAAGCAGCUGCUGUUGGAGCAUUUCUCAUCUACAUUAGCUCAGAUUAUGUAUUUGAUGGAACAAAUCCACCUUACAGAGAGGAAGACAUACCAGCUCCCCUAAAUUUGUAUGGCAAAACAAAAUUAGAUGGAGAAAAGGCUGUCCUGGAGAACAAUCUAGGAGCUGCUGUUUUGAGGAUUCCUAUUUUGUAUGGGGAAGUUGAAAAGCUCGAAGAAAGUGCUGUGACUGUUAUGUUUGAUAAAGUGCAGUUCAGCAACAAGUCAGCAAACAUGGAUCACUGGCAGCAGAGGUUCCCCACACAUGUCAAAGAUGUGGCCACCGUGUGCCGGCAGCUAGCAGAGAAGAGAAUGCUGGAUCCAUCAAUUAAGGGAACCUUUCACUGGUCUGGCAAUGAACAGAUGACUAAGUAUGAAAUGGCAUGUGCAAUUGCAGAUGCCUUCAACCUCCCCAGCAGUCACUUAAGACCUAUUACUGACAGCCCUGUCCUAGGAGCACAACGUCCAAGAAAUGCUCAGCUUGACUGCUCCAAAUUGGAGACCUUGGGCAUUGGCCAACGAACACCAUUUCGAAUUGGAAUCAAAGAAUCCCUUUGGCCUUUCCUCAUUGACAAGAGAUGGAGACAAACGGUCUUUCAUUAGUUUAUUUGUGUUGGGUUGUUUUUUUUUUUUUUUUAAUGAAAAGUAUAGUAUGUGGCACUUUUUAAAGAACAAAGGAAAUAGUUUUGUAUGAGUACUUUAAUUGUGACUCUUAGGAUCUUUCAGGUAAAUGAUGCUCUUGCACUAGCAAAAUUGUCUAAAGAAACUAAAGGGCAGUCAUGCCCUGUUUGCAGUAAUUUUUCUUUUUAUCAUUUUGUUUGUCCUGGCUAAACUUGGAGUUUGAGUAUAGUAAAUUAUGAUCCUUAAAUAUUUGAGAGUCAGGAUGAAGCAGAUCUGCUGUAGACUUUUCAGAUGAAAUUGUUCAUUCUCGUAACCUCCAUAUUUUCAGGAUUUUUGAAGCUGUUGACCUUUUCAUGUUGAUUAUUUUAAAUUGUGUGAAAUUGUAUAAAAAUCAUUGGUGUUCAUUAUUUGCUUUGCCUGAGCUCAGAUCAAAAUGUUUGAAGAAAGGAACUUUAUUUUUGCAAGUUACGUACAGUUUUUAUGCUUGAGAUAUUUCAACAUGUUAUGUAUAUUGGAACUUCUACAGCUUGAUGCCUCCUGCUUUUAUAGCAGUUUAUGGGGAGCACUUGAAAGAGCGUGUGUGUACAUGUAUUUUUUUUCUAGGCAAACAUUGAAUGCAAACGUGUAUUUUUUUAAUAUAAAUAUAUAACUGUCCUUUUCAUCCCAUGUUGCCGCUAAGUGAUAUUUCAUAUGUAUGGUUAUACUCAUAAUAAUGGGCCUUGUAAGUCUUUUCACCAUUCAUGAAUAAUAAUAAAUAUGUACUGCUGGCAUGUAAUGCUUAGUUUUCUUGUAUUCUCUUUUUAAAUGUAAGGACCAAACUUCUAAACUAAUUGUUCUUUUGUUGCUUUAAUUUUUAAAAAUUACAUUCUUCUGAUGUAACAUCUGAUACAUACAAAAGAAUAUAGUUUAAUAUGUAUUGAAAUAAAACACAAUAAAAUUAAUACUUGAUCCAGAA